AUGUCAGUGAUAUCCCUCCUCUUGUUUACCAUCUUUCCUUCCAUUGCUAUAGCUUCUGUUCCUCCCUCUAAGACAUUUCAAUAUGUCAAUGAAGGAGAAUUCGGUCUUUAUGCUGUAGAAUAUGGUGGAAGCUAUAGAACUUUAGAUCCUUUUGCUGCCCCAUUCCAACUUUGCUUCUAUAACACCACUUCUAAUGCAUACACCCUGGCAUUACGCAUGGGACUUGAAUAUUCAGAAUCACUGUUCAUGUGGGUUUGGGAAGCCAACCGUGGCAACCCGGUUCGAGAAAAUGCCACGUUGACGUUCGGACGUGAUGGAAACCUUGUCUUGGCAGAUGCAGAUAGUCGGAUCGCUUGGCAAACUAACACUACUAACAAAGGUGUGACGGGGUUCAAAUUGCUCCCGAAUGGUAACAUGGUGCUUCAUGAUUCCAAAGGUAAUUUUAUUUGGCAAAGUUUUGAUUAUCCAACUGAUACCCUCUUAGCGGGCCAGUCCCUUCGGCUUGGUGGUGGAACCAAGCUUGUGAGUCGGGCCUCUGAUAUUGACAAUUCGGAGGGACCUUAUAGCCUAGUCAUGGUAUCCAAAGCACUAGUUUUGUACUAUAAGAGCCCAAAUACCCCCAAGCCAAUUCUCUACUUCAAUCAUCCCUCUUGGGUGAAUGUCAACGAGGGUCCUUUAGAAUAUGUAAAGUUCUAUUCUGCUCCGGAAAAUUUUAAUGGUUAUUCCUAUGGGCUAAAUUUAGAGUAUCACGUAGCUAAUUCGUCUAUUGGAGCGACUCUUCGGGUGGGAAGACCAAAUUACAACAGCACGUUAUCGUUCCUGCGCCUUGGAUUGGAUGGAAACCUUAAGAUCUACACUUAUUAUGAUCUUGUCUUUGAAAGUGCAUGGGAAGUAACCUUCACUCUUUUAUUUAGAGGUUCUUUUUGGGGUAGUGAAUGCCAAUUGCCUGAGAGAUGUGGGAAAUUUGGGCUUUGCGAGGAAAGUCAAUGCAUAGCUUGCCCAUUACCAAAGGGGCUGAUGGGUUGGAGCAAAGAUUGUCAGCCCAAGAAGUUAACUAGUAGUAAAGAGAAUGAUUUUUAUUACUACAAGCUUGAAGGGGUUGAUCAUUUCAUGAGUACUUAUACUAGAGGAAAUGGACCCAUUAAAGAGGAUGAAUGUGGCAAGAAAUGCACUAAGGAUUGCAAGUGUUUGGGUUACUUUUACAACAAGGAGACAUCAAGGUGUUGGAUUUCCUAUGAUCUCAAAACCCUAACAAAGGUGGCUAAUUCAACCCAUGCGGGUUACAUCAAGGCCCCAAAAAAACUAAUAAGCCAGGCUUAG